CAUAGAAGUAGGUUUUUGGAGGGUUUAAGGCGGGUGUAGCCUCUGUCGCCGGUUCUCUCAAAACUCCAUUCUCUUGCUUUCUCUUUCACCAGAUCAUUAUCGCUUCUUCUGUUCUUCUUUCCUUGAUUACUUCUUACUGCCAAUCUGACCUGUUUUCAACGACCCAUUUAAUCAAGUUUGAAUCUUCCUCAAAGCCUUCCAUUUUGUCUUUCAUCAACUGAACAUGUGGAGAAGUCUGUCCAAACAAGCUUCUUUGAAGAAGCUCAAGUCAUUCAGAAAUUCUUCUCCUUUCUUACCGUGUAUUAGCUCCAUUGGGUUUUCUCAAGAUUCUUCAUGUGGCGUCUCAGGAUUCUCAACCAAUCUGUACUACAGAAAUUCAUUACUGGAUCGGCUUCAAAAUGGCGGAUUGGGUUAUCCGAAAGAUCAAUUGGGUGUGCUUAAGAUCAAUUCUUUUUGCAGUUCUCGGUUAAGUUGUAUCCCGAGAUUUUAUGCAAGUACUGCUGAAGAGAUUGAUUCAACUGGAGAAGAAGAUAGUGACGAAGUUCUGGAACUGAUAGACGAAAUUAGCAGGUUGAGUGAUAGAGAAUCGAAAGAUUUCCAAGGAAAGCAGUCUAAGUUAAUUGGUGGGAUGGGGCAAGGUAAGUAUAAUAUAAUGAGGAGGAAACAAAUAAAGGUGGAGACUGAAGCAUGGGAAUCAGCUGCUAGGGAAUAUCAAGAGCUUCUAACGGACAUGUGUGAGCAGAAACUUGCCCCCAAUUUGCCAUACAUGAAAUCCUUGUUUUUGGGUUGGUUUGAGCCUCUGCGGAAUGUAAUUGUUCUGGAGCAGGACAAGUGUAAGGAAGGGAAGAACAGGGCGGCUUAUGCCCCCCAAUUUGAUCUAUUGCCAGCUGAUAUGAUGGCGGUUAUUACAAUGCACAAGCUAAUGGGGCUGUUGAUGACCGGAAAUGGAAAUGGUAGUGCUAGGGUUGUCCAUGCUGCAUGCCUGAUCGGCGAAGCUGUUGAGCAAGAGGCCAGGAUAUAUAGGUUUAUGGAAAUAACAAAGAAGAAGAAUAUUGGUAAGGAUUCAGAAGAGGCAGAAGAUCCUAAACUUAAGGAGCAACAGAAACAAAGGAAUAAGGUUGCCAUGUUGUUGAAAAAGCAGAAGCAUCAGCAACUCAGACAGAUAGUUAAAAAACACAAUGACAUGAAACCGUGGGGACAAGAUGCCCAAGUCAAGGUUGGUUGUCGUUUGAUCCAGUUGUUGAUGGAAACUGCUUAUAUACAACCUCCUGUUGAACAGUUGGGUGUUGGUCCACCAGAUAUUCGGCCUGCAUUUGUCCACACUUUAAAAGUUAUCACAAAAGAAAACCAUGUUGGCACUAACAGCAAGAGAUAUGGUGUCAUUGAAUGUGACCCUCUCGUUCGCAAAGGCCUCGAGAAAACUGCUAGGCACAUGGUGAUUCCGUACAUGCCAAUGCUGGUGCCCCCAAUGAAUUGGAACGGCUAUGACAAAGGAGGGUAUUUGUUUUUACCGUCUUAUAUUAUGCGGACACAUGGGUCAAAAGAGCAACGUGAAGCAUUUAAAAGAGCUUCAAAGAAACAACUAGAACCUGUUUUUGAGGCCCUUGAUACCCUUGGACAUACAAAGUGGAGGGUCAACAAAAGGGUUCUAGGUGUGAUAGACAGGAUUUGGGCUAGUGGAGGUCGCCUUGCAGACUUGGUUGAUCGAGAAGAUGUUCCCUAUCCAGACGAACCAGAUACAGAAGAUGAAGCAGAGAUAAAAAAAUGGAAGUGGAAAAAUAAGAUGGUCAAGAAAGUUAAUAGUGAGAGGCAUUCCCAGCGGUGUGAUGCAGAACUGAAGCUAGCAGUUGCUCGAAAGAUGAAGGAUGAAGAUGGUUUCUUCUACCCUCAUAACCUUGAUUUUCGAGGUCGUGCAUAUCCUAUGCACCCUUACUUGAACCAUCUCGGCUCUGAUUUGUGCCGUGGAAUAUUGGAGUUUGCCGAGGGGCGACCUCUAGGGAAAUCCGGUUUGCGCUGGCUGAAAAUUCACUUGGCAAACUUAUUUGCUGGCGGUGUGGAUAAAUUAUCCUAUGACGGUCGAAUUGCAUUUACAGAAAAUCAUCUGGAUGAUAUAUUUGAUUCGGCUGAUCUCCCUUUGGAAGGAAAGCGAUGGUGGUUGAGCGCUGAAGAUCCUUUUCAGUGCCUAGCAACUUGUAUUAAUCUGGCUCAAGCUUUAAGAAGUUCUUCUCCAGAGACUACCAUUUCUCAUAUGCCAGUUCACCAGGAUGGUUCAUGCAAUGGAUUACAACAUUAUGCUGCUCUUGGGAGGGACAAGCUAGGAGCAACUGCUGUGAAUCUUGUUUGUGGAGAGAAGCCUGCAGAUGUUUACUCAGGAAUUGCUGCAAGAGUUCUUGGGAUCAUGAGGCGAGAUGCGGAAUUGGAUCCUGCAGUAGAGCCAAAUGCAUUGCGUGCCAGGCUUUUAAUUAACCAGGUAGACAGGAAAUUGGUUAAGCAAACAGUUAUGACAUCUGUAUAUGGUGUCACAUACAUUGGUGCUCGCGACCAAAUCAAAAAGAGGUUAAAGGAACGUGGUGCCAUUGCAGAAGAAGCUGAGUUAUUUUCUGCAGCUUGUUACGCAGCCAAAACAACUUUGACUGCUCUCGGUGAAAUGUUUGAAUCUGCAAGAAGUAUAAUGAGCUGGCUUGGUGACUGUGCAAAGAUUAUCGCCAUGGAGAAUCAUCCAGUACGAUGGAUAACACCUCUUGGACUGCCUGUUGUUCAGCCUUAUCGUAAAUUGGGAAGACAUGUUAUCAAGACUUCUCUUCAAGUACUGACACUUCAACGUGAAACUGACAAGGUUAUGGUUCAAAGGCAGAAAACGGCUUUCCCACCUAACUUUGUUCACUCCCUUGAUGGUUCUCAUAUGAUGAUGACUGCUGUUGCUUGUAAACGAGAAGGCUUAAGUUUCGCAGGAGUUCAUGAUUCAUAUUGGACACAUGCCUGUGAUGUCGAUAAGAUGAACGGAAUACUGAGAGAGAAGUUUGUUGAACUAUACGAAGCCCCAAUUCUAGAAAAUUUAUUAGAGAGCUUUGAGAAAUCAUUUCCAGACUUACAGUUUCCCCCCUUACCUGAGAGGGGAGACUUUGACCUGAAAGAAGUUUUGAAAUCUCCUUAUUUCUUCAAUUAACGGAAUCAUGAAGUUGAUGACAGUUCUGUCUAUUAUUGGUUCAACAUUCAUUCAUUCGCCUGCUUCACUUCAUCGGUGUGUUAUGCAUUUCCUGAAACCGGUGAACAGAUUCAUAUUCUCUUUCAACUGCUUCUUCUCAAAUCUCUGCUACUGUUUUAUAUUAUUAGGAGAACCUGAAAAUCAAGUGUAUAAAUAACCGAUUCUGGAAGAGGACGAGAAAUAGGAACAUUCUUCAUCGAAUACCCAGUAAAGACAGACUGGGGGUGAGAUGGAAUUUGGUGGAGCUGCCAUACUGGUAGAAUGGUGGAGAACCUCCAUGAUUUUUGAGAUUGUAACCAAUUUUUGACCGGCUGUAAAGAUUGAAGCUUUUUUUGGUGGAAAGAGAAGAAGGCAUUUAAGAAUGAAGAACAGAAAGGAAAUGGAUAGAGGAGCUCUUAAGAGCUUAUGGCAGGCAACUCUUCUUGAAAGAUUGUUGUUGUAUUUGGGUUAUUAUUAAUUAGCUUUCUUAUUAUACAUACUAGUGAUGUAGAUAUAAUAAUAAGGGGUAGCAAAAGGAAAUUUCCACAUUUAUUAUUAACUUUUAGUGUUUUUGCAGUAAUAGAAGAAAGAUGAAAAGAUUCAUUUA